AUGUCUGAACCUAAUCAAACUGGCGGUCAAGGCCAACAGCAGCAGAAUCAGCAAAGCCAACAGAGCCAACAACCGAACUACAACCAAUACUACAACCAACAAGGAUAUUAUCCAGGUUACCCUCAAUACAACCAGCAAGGGGGGUACCAAGUAUAUCAGCAAUAUAACCAGCAAUAUAACCAACAAGGGUACCAGGCCUAUCAGUCAUACAGUCACCAAGGUUAUAAUGCUAAUCAAAACAAGAACAAUAACAACAACUACCAUAAAUAUCAACAACAACAACAACAACAACAGCAACAACGAGCUGGUUACCAGGCAUAUCAACCAUACAAUCCUCAACAACAACAGCAACAACAUCCAAUUGCUUACCAGCAAUACCAACCAUAUAACCCUCAGCAACAGACUCAAGGUGUUUCCCUGAAUAACUUUGAAGCAAAUGCUGCCCCCAAGCCCAAGAAAACCUUGAAGUUAGCAUCAACUUCGGGCAUUAAGUUGGUUGGCGCGAAAAAACCUGUUGUGGAAAAGGAAGAGUCCAAUAAGGGCGAUGAGAAGAAGCAGAGUAAGCCUGCUGACUCCUCAACUCAAGCAGAGAAAAAAGAGUCCUUGCCAAAGAUGGAAGAGCUAAAGAUAGCGGAGGAAAAGCAAGCCCCUUCUAAUUCUGAAAAAUCCGAUGUCUCUCUAAAUAUUACUUCUGUGGAUGCAUUGAUUAAGGAGCAAGAAGAUGAGGUUGAUGAAGAUGUUGUAAAAGACAUGUACGGUGGUAAAGACCAUGUCUCUAUAAUAUUCAUGGGCCAUGUCGAUGCUGGUAAGUCCACCAUGGGUGGUAACUUAUUGUAUUUAACAGGAUCUGUAGAUAAGAGAACUGUUGAGAAAUACGAAAGGGAGGCAAAAGAAGCUGGGAGACAAGGUUGGUACUUGUCUUGGAUCAUGGAUACGAACAAGGAAGAGAGAAACGAUGGUAAGACAAUUGAAGUUGGUAAAUCCUAUUUUGAAACAGAGAAAAGGCGCUAUACAAUUUUGGAUGCUCCGGGCCAUAAGAUGUACGUUUCUGAAAUGAUCGGUGGUGCUUCUCAGGCAGAUAUAGGUAUCCUGGUUAUAUCUGCAAGAAAAGGUGAGUAUGAAACAGGUUUUGAAAGGGGUGGUCAAACCCGUGAACAUGCCUUGUUGGCUAAAACUCAAGGUGUGAAUAAGAUGGUGGUUGUUGUUAACAAGAUGGAUGACCCAACUGUUAAUUGGGAUCAAGAGCGUUUCAAGCAGUGCGUAAACAAUGUUUCGAACUUCUUAAAGGCUAUUGGUUAUAAUGUUAAGGAUGAUGUAAUGUUCAUGCCCGUUUCUGGUUACACUGGUGCAGGUUUGAAGGACCGCGUAAAGAAAGAUGAAUGUCCAUGGUACAAUGGACCAUCCUUGUUGGAAUACUUAGAUGAAAUGAAGCAUGUUGAUCGUUUUGUUAAUGCACCAUUUAUGUUGCCAAUUGCGGGUAAGAUGAAAGACAUGGGUACUGUAGUAGAAGGUAAAAUUGAAUCCGGGCACAUCUCUAAGGGUAGCCAUACAUUGCUAAUGCCAAACAAGAUUCCUGUAGAGAUUUUAGGCAUCCAAAAUGAAACAGAACAGGAAGUUAAUAUUGCAGUUUGUGGUGAGCAAGUUCGUUUGAGAUUAAAGGGUGUUGAGGAAGAAGACAUUUCUGCAGGUUUUGUUCUUACUUCCCCAAAAAAUCCUAUUAAAAAUGUCACUAGAUUCGUUGCACAAAUCGCCAUUGUUGAGUUGAAGUCUAUUAUGUCCGCUGGUUUCUCCUGUGUUAUGCACGUACAUACAGCGAUCGAGGAGGUCACAAUCACCAGGUUAUUGCAUAAGUUAGAGAAGGGAACCAACAGAAAAUCAAAAAAAGCACCAGCCUUUGCUAAGAAGGGAAUGAAAAUCAUUGCGGUACUAGAAACAGAGGAGCCAGUAUGUGUUGAAACUUAUGAAGAUUACCCACAUCUAGGUAGAUUUACACUUAGAGACCAAGGUAUCACUAUUGCAAUUGGUAAAAUUGUUAAGCUUUUGGAGUAA